GCCAUGGCCCUGAGCGAGCUGGCGCCGCUCCGCCGGCUGCGGGACGGCCGUCACUCCCGGAAGCUCAUCCUGUUCAUCGUGUUCCUCGCGCUGCUCCUGGACAACAUGCUGCUCACGGUCGUGGUGCCCAUCAUCCCGAGUUACCUGUACAGCAUCGAGCAUGAGAAAAAUGCAUCUGAAGUCCCGACCGCCACGCCAGUGUUCCCAGCCUCCACCUCGGGCAGCUUCCAGAACAUCUUCUCCUAUUAUGACAACUCCACCAUGGUCACCGGGAACACCACCAGAGACCUUCAGAGGGGGCUGCUGCCGAAGGCCAUGGUGACUAACAUGUCUGUUGCCCCUUCCGACUGUCCCAGCAAAGACAAAGACCUGCUGAAUGAAAACGUGCAAGUGGGCCUGCUGUUCGCCUCCAAGGCCACGGUCCAGCUCCUCACCAACCCAUUCAUUGGCCUGCUGACCAACAGAAUCGGCUACCCCAUUCCGAUGUUCGCGGGAUUCUGCAUCAUGUUCAUCUCCACCAUCAUGUUCGCCUUCUCCCGCAGCUACGCCCUCCUGCUGACCGCCAGGUCCCUGCAGGGCAUCGGCUCCUCCUGCUCGUCUGUGGCUGGGAUGGGCAUGCUCGCCAGCGUGUACACAGAUGACGAAGAGAGAGGCAACGCCAUGGGGGUUGCCCUGGGAGGCCUGGCCAUGGGGGUCUUAGUGGGCCCCCCCUUUGGGAGUGUGCUGUACGAGUUUGUGGGGAAGACCGCUCCCUUCCUGGUGCUGGCUGCCCUGGUGCUCCUGGAUGGAGCUAUUCAGCUGUGCGUGCUCCAGCCAUCUCGGGUGCAGCCGGAGAGCCAGAAGGGGACACCGCUGACCACCCUGCUGAGGGACCCCUACAUCCUCAUCGCUGCAGGGUCCAUCUGCUUCGCCAACAUGGCGAUCGCCAUGCUGGAGCCGGCCCUGCCCAUCUGGAUGAUGGAGACCAUGUGUUCCCAGAAGUGGCAGCUAGGCGUUGCUUUCUUGCCGGCUAGUAUCUCUUAUCUCAUUGGAACCAAUAUUUUUGGGAUACUCGCGCACAAAAUGGGGAGGUGGCUUUGUGCCCUUCUGGGAAUGAUCAUUGUUGGCAUCAGCAUUUUAUGUAUUCCUCUUGCAAAAAACAUGUACGGGCUCAUAGCUCCCACCUUCGGGGUUGGUUUCGCAAUUGGCAUGGUGGAUUCCUCCAUGAUGCCCAUCAUGGGCCACCUGGUAGACCUGCGGCACGUGUCUGUCUACGGGAGCGUGUACGCCAUUGCAGACGUGGCCUUUUGUAUGGGAUACGCUAUAGGUCCUUCCGCUGGUGGGGCUAUCGCCAAGGCAAUUGGAUUUCCGUGGCUCAUGACAAUUAUUGGAAUGAUUGAUAUUGUUUUUGCCCCACUCUGCUUUUUUCUUCGAAGUCCACCUGCCAAGGAAGAAAAAAUGGCUAUUCUCAUGGAUCACAACUGCCCCAUUAAAACGAAAAUGUACACUCAGAACAAUGUCCAGUCAUAUCCGCUAGGUGAUGAAGAAUCUGAAAGUGACUGAGACCCUCAGAAGUCAUCAAGUAUUUCAUUGUAUCAAGCAGUGUUUCCAGUGAAAGACUCAUCGGAACCGCCUCAGCCAUGCCAUGCAUCACUGGUGAAAGAGUAGAACCACUAAGGUUGUCAUUUCUUUUCCAUGGUUAUGAUUGAUUGCCAACAGCCUUAUAAAGAAAAAGCAGCUUUUCUAGGGGUUUGUAUAAAGUGUUGAAAACUUUAUUUUAUGUAUUUGAUUUUAUUAAAUAUUAUACAAUAUAUUUUGACGAAAUAGAUAUAGUGUAAAUCUAUAAAUAUUUGAAUCCAAAUCAGAUAUAAUUUUUUAACUUACAUUCACGAACACUUGGGCAAAAGAAAACACCUUGCAUUUUUUCUGAAUAUUGGUAAUGAGUGUUUGAAACUAAAGCACACAUUAUCUCUGAGACAGUUCCAACAAUCAGAAACUAGAAGGAAGUCUGAAAAACAAUCAAGACAGACAGCAUAUGGUUACGUAGUGACAGAGUGUUGAGUUAAUCAACUUGUAAUAAUUAUCAAUAUGAGUUAAAAGCUAGUUAUCUCAACUGCAGAGGGCAAGAACUUGAGUCAGUUACCUCUUGGAUUUAUCCAUAAAUCUUAGCUGGCAUUAGUUAUCUAUAUGUAACCACCUACCUGGAAACAGCUGGUUGUAAAUUAUGUGUACAUGUCAUGUGGUUGGUAGCAAACAUUAAAGCCAAGAAGGAAAAAAAUAGUAAAUGUUCUGAAAGUAGAGAAAAGCGCCCAGAUAAACUGUUACGAACAACUAGCAGCUUGCCCUUGAAGAUACAUACUUGAAUGUCUUACUGGAUGAAAGAAAAUUGAAGACAGAUGUACCCUGUACUGUCAAGGUUGUUUAAGCAUGGUAAGCUAUAUCAACAGCUAGUUCAGGUCUUAGAAAAUCAAUUUAAAAGGCUAAUUAGCUGCUAUGACAUGAAAAAAAAAAUCAGAUAUAUCAUCUUUGACCUGUUUGGAGGUCAUCCAAGUGUUUUCUAGGGAUCUAUUAAUUUUGAGUUGUCUGAAACUAUUAUUUCCUAGACCUCUGAAAGCUGUUCACAUCAAUGCGAAAAGUUUUUAAUGAAGAUGAAGAAGGAAUGAAAGUAUGUGUUGAAUCACGUUAGGACAACAGGUAGAAGUAAUAGGGCGGUCAGGACACACCCCCUUUUCACAGGCAGGAAGGAACCAAACAUCUAAAAACGCUUCUGUAUCACUGUAUCAUCUGCUGUGUAAUGUAGUUUCUCUAGCACGACAUCGACGUGCCUUUUCAAUGUAACGUCAAAUACUGUGUCAGUGAACAUUGUCAGUUUACAUCAGGUUGUGUGUGAGACAUGACUGGAGUGUGACGAUAGUGUGGAAUGCCUCAAAUAAUACUUAAUCCCGUAGUUGUAACUGUAAACAAAAAUGACCUGUCAGUGCUUUUGUUAAGCUAAAAUUGUGUUUAACUUGGACAACAAGGAACAGAGAACUUUAGCACAAGGACUCUUCAGCCUUUUCAGUCUCUAGGGAAGUUAGCCGAUACUUCAUUCCCAUGUGCUUUAUGAAGCUUUUCGGGGGCUCUGAAUGAUUUGCAGUCUGGCUGGCAAGGGCGGGGUGUUGGAAGCCGACAAGCUUCCCACUCACCGAUUUGCUCGGGAAGGUGGCGCUGCAGGCAUUCAGGGCGGCAGGCAGUUUGUCUCCACUUCCGCAGGGGAAGCCUUCAAAAAGGACGUGCCACAAGUUUCCUGAGAGUCUGUGGUUCUUCCUGCCCCAAUGCCAUGUAAUUUAUUCCUACUCUAUUUAGCCUUUCAGAUUCCAGUCUCUUCAAACAUGACUGGGGAAGGCAUGCCUGCUAUUGAUCCCUAGGGUUAGCAUUAAAGAUGUAGUUGUGCGAACUGUUUUAGGAGCAGAAGAUAUCAGUUGUAUCUGAGGGGGAAAAAGGGGGAAUUGUGGGGUCUUUUAUGUGACUAAUAUUCUGGGGUUAGCCAAGGCCCUAAAGAGAGGCUUAAAAAAAAUGUAUGUCAGACAAAGAAGGUAUACAGCUCUCUGAGCUUAUUUUUGAGCAAAGGUGGUUUUUGUUUGUACCUGGCAAACAGAUGCAAAAACCUUAAUGAGGUAGCAAUGAAUAUUCAGUUCUUUCUUUUAACUGCUAAGUGUAUCUGCCUAAGUCAUGUUUUAGCUAGUUUCCUGAAUAAAUCUUCUG